AAUGUCCUCGUCGAGCCGGGGUCGAGCCGGCUCGUCCCCGGCUCGAUUUCGAGCCAGGUGGCUCGCCACUCGAUUUCAAGGGUAAUUUUUUCCCCUCGACAAAACGUGUCUCCCAUUUCUCUCUCCCGCCAACAACUCCUAGUCUAUGUUCCCGCAAUCGCUCUGGCGGUGCAGCGUUUAUCGUUUAAAUGCUGCGUUUAAAGGGUAAACGCUAAACGCCCACCCAAAAUGUUUGACGCGGAAUUCUUUCCCACGACAUUGCGACCUCGCAAAUUCAACCAGUCGCAACCCCAAACUUUGACGACCAAAAACACAUCCAACCCUUUUGCCCCGCUCAACCGCACUGCACACUAUUGCAUCUACAACUUCCAACCUAAUCUCCUAAACCCUCCUUCCUCCUCACAAUCCACUUCCCGUCAAUUCCGCGAUCCCUAGAAUUCUGCGCGCCUAGGAGUAUAUCAUUAGGUUAGUUCGCGCGAGAAAUCUUAAGCAGGCCGCGCCACUCUUAACAACGCGCGCUUGCAUAGGCUCCACCCACACUACUGUUGGCUUAAUAAAGUCACCACUACAACAUCCUGUAUCUCCCACCCCGGAACCUUAAACCAUGUACUUCGGUUGCACGAUACUGGACUCAACUGGUUCCAUCCUAAUAUUAAUUGGUCGGAUACAAGGGAUUUCAUAAAUUUGGGAUGAGACUCUGGCCCAGUAACCAAUGGAGGGUUGCUGCAUUGGUAUCAGCCAAGGUGCAAAAAAACGGCAUCCGUAUUAAACGCACAGGGUCGCACAUGCCCCAAGCUGCAAGACAGCUUCCACAAACUGGCAGCAGCUACUCGAGUCGAGUGUAGCGAUGGCUUGCUCACUCACUCCAUCCCUGCUAUGCUUCCAUGGGCUAAUUGGAGGCAUCAAAGGACAUCUCUGGGCAUUUGGUUAUCCUCCUCCCCUCCCCAUUAUUCAAAAUAUAUCCUGUUCUUACCAUCUCUCAUUUCUUGUCCUCUCCUUUCCUCUGCUCCCAGGUUCUCUCUAUUCCUUCGCACUUCCUCUUUAUUACUCGUGUCCUUUUCCCCCUCUGUUUCCUUCACACCUGCUUCCUAUUGUUUCUUUUACAUAUCCUCACUCACCUUCUCUCCUUCCCAGCCCAUUCUGCUACGAGCCUUUGCAUUUUUCCGACUCGUUUUGCACUUUCCACUCUACUGCUCUUCUCCACCUAGGGAUGAGCAAAACCGGAUAAAUACCCGACCUGACCCGGUUUAUCCAUACUCGACCUCGGGUCGGGUAUUUUCGGGUCGGGUCCGGGUCGGGUAAUACCCCCAGGACCAUUACCCGGAUCCGGCCCUUAAUGGCAGGUAAUAUAAUACCCGCCAGGCGGAUACGGGUAUACCCGGCCCAGUUUAGGCUAAAAGCGGGUAUUGCUACCCGCCCAUGACAAAAUGCCUGAACAACCUCUGUUGUACCCUCUGUUGCCAUUGGUGUGUUUGUCAUGGUGCCCCCCCGGGUUGGGCGUCGACAUCGACAACCUAAACCCGGUUGCACUGCGUUUUUGCCAGCAUGAGAGGGGCGGGUACCCGAAUUCGGGUAUUCAAUACCCGGCGGGUCGGGUACCCGUUACCCGACAAGUCGGGUAAGAUUUCGGGUAACGGGUAUCGAAUACCCGCCGGGUAACCCGGACCCAACCCGCCGGGUAAUAUUCGGGAAUCCUCAUACCCGACCUGCCCUUAAAGCGGAUCCGGGUCCGGGUACCCGCCCCGCGCGGGUAUUUUGCUCAACCCUAUCUCCACCUCACAUCAUCCCCACCCUUUCCUUACUCCCCUUGUUUGUGCACGGCACACCGUGCCUCUCCUCUCCCAUCUUCUCUUGCAUGCCCCCCCCAUUCCUCCCCUGGUGUCUGUAUAUAUUACAAACCUUAGACCAGGAGAGAACAUCCCCCUUUGUACCAUUCGUUUCCAUGCAAACUUGGAAUGCCUCGUUCGUGUUCAUCAUCAUAGAUAUCUUUAUCGAAAUCAGCUCACUGGCUCAAUCCCCACUGCAAUUGGCAACCUUUCAAACCUGAAUACCCUGUGAGGACUCUGUUCUGCACUGCAAUGUCUGCCCCUGCUCUCCACUCUGUCUCCUCCUGAUUCUAGGAAAAAACUAUCCUCUCCUUCCCUUCCAUUGUAGGCAUCCCUUCCUCCACUCCUCACCAGUCCACUAGCCACUAACCUCUUUCUCGAAUGGGGUGCAUGGUACCAGACUGGACCCAUUCCAGUGUGGAUUUGCCAGAGUCAAGUGAGUCUAGAUAACGAACUAGAGGCGAAGCGGCUGUGGACGUUCCGGUAGGGCUAAUAUGGUGUCUGCGAGAAUCUGGUUGAUUCCCUGCUGUACGCAGUAGCUAAGGGUGUGUGUUGCUUGCUGCAUUGGUAUCAGGGUUUAAAAAACGGCGUUUUUUUCAUAUUUAGACCGUUUGCUACGGUACCGUAUUUUUCGGUCGUUUUAAAUGGUUCAAACGGUUCUGAAAGUUAGCUUUUUUUUGGUUGAAAAAAACGGUCGUUUUAUACGGUCGAAUUUUUGAAACCGUGGGUGUACAGCAGCAGUUCGAAGAAGGCAAAGGGCUCGGGGAAAGGGAAGGAUAAGGGGAAGGAUAAGGGGAAGGAUAAGGGGAAGGAUAAGGGUAGGCAUGAGCAAAACCGGAGGGCACGGGAGGAGGAGGAGGAGGACGAGGAGGACAAUGAGGAGGAAGUCCGCGGACCAUGGGAUCUCGGCGUGGGAGAGGGGGGAGGGUUUGGGGGGGGGUCGGCGGAGGAGGAGGACGACGACGAGGACGACGAGGACGAGGAGGACAAUGAGGAAGAGGAGGAGGAGGCCGAGGAGGAGGACAAGGAGGAUUCGGGGGAGGAGGAGGAGGAGGAGGAGGAGGAGGAGGAGGAGGAGGAGGAGGAGGAGGAGGAGGAGGAGGAGGAGGAGGAAGAGGAGGAGGAGGAGGACGAUGAGUAGGGGGAGGAGAAGGGCUCAUUGGAGGCUCAAUCCCUGUUAUUUGACAUCUCCUUUUGUCGCCCUCUACUUUUCUCACCAUCUCUCAUUCCUUAAAAAAAAACAUUUAUUCUCACUUUCUCUCCUUCCCAGUCCAUUCCGCUCCAAGCCUUUUCAUUCUCGUGUCUGUCUACUGCUUUUUUCUUGUCCACCUCACAUCAUCCCCACCCUUUCCCUCCUCCCCUUGUUUGUGCACACCGUCUCUCUCCUCCAUCUCCUCUUGCUUGCUCCCCCCAUUCCUCCCCAACUCCUGUAUGUAUAUAUCACGAACGCCGUAAUUUUGAACCUUGCCACCCAUCCAUUCCCUGCUAUUGGUAUAAUAUAAGGCUGCCAUUUUGCUUCUGUUGUAUUUUAUGAGUACCCUCCUUGCUACCAUUCGUUUCCCUGCGAACUUGAUUUUUCUACCAUGCGCUUAUCUACCACGCGCCUCAUUCGUUGUGUUCAUCAUCACAGACUACUUCAUUACAAUCAGCUCACUGGCUCAAUGCCCGCUGCAAUUGGCAACCUUUCAAACCUGGAACAACUGUAUGUAAGGAGUAUUUUCUGCGCUGCAAUCUCGUCCCCUCCAUUUCUCCCCUCCUUCCCUCACUUUGUAGCCCUCUUUUUUUUUCUCUCCUCUCCAGCCCACGUACAAGUAACCUCUCUAAUGAAUGGGGUUAGACAUG